AUGUCACCUCGCUGGUUUGGACAGGAAGAAGUCCGCCCAGGCGUCGUCAUUGAACUCGAAAAGCGAUGGCGCGUUCUGCGCCGGAAGGAGGAGCAUGCGUUUCAGGGCAGCGAACAAGACGAUCCUCGGUGGAGUGGGCCAUCGUACGCUUGCAUCCAGCUCAAGGUACAACAAGUGGGCUCUAGGAUCAUUCCGCCUGUGAAUGGAUACAUGAGGAUCUACAAGCAAAUUCCUACGGAGGAGACUGUAGCUGACCGGCCCGAAGUCCGGGCACAGCAAGCUAAGACCGUUAUUCCCCCUGAACUUGAUGCAUACCGCCAGCUCAUGGACAAGGGCUCAACCUUUACACCAAGGCUUCUGGACUCAAUGGAACAGAAGCAAGAUAUUUAUAGCUUUGUGCCGGGGGGUUUUGUGGUAUGGAUUGUCACAGAGGAAGUCUCGGGAGUGCGGCUAGGAAAUGCGGUUGGUAAUGAGACUUUCUGGUCAAUGGAGCCAUUUGUGCGUGAACAAAUUCGCGUUUCGUUCAAGGAGAGCUUCAUAAAAAUGACUCGCUGGGGCUGGAUUCCCUUAUAUGAUCGCUGUAGUAAUCUUGUCUGGGACGAGAACUCCUCGACUGUCUUCUUCGUCAAUUGGUUCCAGGCAAUUAAAUUAAUCACACCCCAGGCCUGGACUGAACUCCGUUAUUCUAGUUCUGGACUUGCUAAACUUCCUGAUACUGAUACUCAAGACUUUCGGUACUCAUAUUCAAGUUUCAAUGGGAACACAGAGGGUUGGGAAUGGUAA